CUCAAAAAACAAAAAAAAAAGGAGAGGUAGACUGUGCUGGGAGGAGGACUAUUUGGGGAACUGGCCUUGCUGAGGAGGUCAAGGAGGGCUUUCUGAAGGUGACAUGAGAGCCACUAUCUGGGAUGAGAAGAGUCACCCAGGCAGUCAGGAUAGUGUUCCAGGCAGGGAGAACUUCAGAGGCAGAAAGGGGCAAGCAGAGGCCGUGGUACCAGUGACUGGGGCUGGAGGGGUGCUGAGGGCUGAGCUUCUGAGAGCUCUUACGGCAGCUCAGGGCCUCAUCUUCAUCCGCAAUUCCGGGGAAGCCACUGCAGGGUUUCAUUGGGGAUGGCAGUAGGGUAAGAUAUUUCCUUAUCAGGAAGACCAGUCUAGUCACAGUGCUGAAGGUUGUGAAGUCUAAGCUGGUCAAAGGUGACAGUGGCUGGCAAGAGGGGAGAAGAGAGAUGAGGACAAAGGUCAGCUUUGAGCAGAACUCGGUUAUGCAUUGGACACGAGGCACGGCAGCGAUGGAAGGUCAAGGCCAUGCGUUGAACUCUGCGCAGGCACCUAAGGGAUGAUUUUUUUUGAAACAGGAAACAGUUCAAAGUGCCCAGGUUUGCUGAUGGUGUAGCUCAGAGGCAUUAUGAAAUCCUGAGUUCCAUUCCCAUCAUCCUUAAAAAAGAGAGAUAAAGAAAGCCCAGGAUUAGCAGCAGCAGACAAAGAAGACAGUGUCAUACAAGCCCUGGCCACAUCGGGUUUUAAGGACCUUUGAGGCAUACAAGAACAGACAGUGGUCACUAAGUGACCUCAAGGCUUGGUGGCGCUGGUAGCAGAGGAUGCCCCAGGUCCUAGAGCACGCGGAUGGCAGCUGGUCCUGGAUGGUACUUCUGGCCUCCUUGGUAACCCAGGCCCUCACUGCAAGCUUCCCCACCUGCGUUGGUGUCUUCUUCACUGAUCUGCAACGUGACUUCCAGGCCAGCAACAGCUACACCUCCUGGUUCCCCUCCAUCCUAGGGGCCACGCUCCAAGCUGGAGGGCCCCUGUGCAGCAUCCUGGUGGGACGCUACGGCUGCCGAGUGACCAUGAUGCUGGGUGGCGUGCUGGCCAGCCUGGGCAUGGUGGUUGGCUCCUUCUCCCACACACUCAACCAGCUCUUACUCACAGCCGGAAUGAUCACAGGCCUGGGAAUGAGCUUCAGUUUCCAGGCCAGCAUCACAGUGCUGGGCUUAUACUUCAUCCGCCGGCGGCCGCUGGCCAAUGCACUGGCCUCCAUGGGCAUCUCCCUGGGCAUCACCCUCUGGCCACCAUUUGCCCGCUCCCUCCUGGAGAACCUGGGCUGGAGAGGCUCCUUCCUUAUCUUCGGCGGGGUCUUCCUCCAUUGCUGUGUCUGUGGGGCUAUCAUCAGGCCUAUAGCCACCAAUGUGGUCCCAGAGACCGAAGAAGAUCUUCCUCCCCUUUCCAAGACACCAGCACAAGGCUGCCUGGCGGCGUGUGUCUCUGGCAUCCAGCACCACCUGGCCUUUGACAUCCUGCGGCACAAUGCAGGCUACUGUGUCUACACGCUGGGUGUGACGUGGAUGUUCAUGGGUUUCUCGCUGCCACAUAUCUUCCUGGUGCCAUAUGCCAUGAAGUAUGGAGUGGAGGAGUACCGGGCGGCCCUGCUCAUCUCCAUCUUUGGCUUCUGCAACAUCUGCCUGCGCCCCGUGGCGGCCCUGGUGAUAGGCCUGCCACGCUUUGCCUGCUACCGGAAGUACCUGUUCACGCUGGCAGUCCUGCUCAAUGGGCUCACCAACCUGGUGUGCACAGUGUCAGCCAACUUUUGGGUGCUGGUGGGCUACUGCGUGGCAUACAGCAUGUCCAUGUGCGGCAUUGGCAUCUUCCUCUUCCAGGUCCUCAUGGAAAUUGUUCCCAUGGACCGGUUCCCCAGUGCCCUGGGACUCUUCUCCAUCAUUAGUGGCAUUGCUCCCCUCAUCUCCACACCGCUGGCUGGCUUGCUCCUGGACAACACUGGUAACUUCAGCUAUAUUUUCUACAUGUCAAGCUUCUUCCUCAGCUCAGCCGGCCUCUUCAUGGCUGGAGGCUUCUAUUACCUGCAGAAGAAGGAGCAGCAAGGCAGGCAACCCAAGGUUGAAAGAGCCAUCUCAGAGACUAGCUUGAUGCAGGGGCCUGUGUCGGAAGGCAAGGACAGUCCCAAGGAACAGCCGCGCCUUGAGAUCGUGUAUGUGACCAGUGUCUGAGCCCUGCUCAGCGAGUGACAUUCCUUCCUGCCAGCAGAACGCAGGAGGCCUCUCUGGCUUUCUUCCUUGGGUCUGAGAAGGCGUUCCUGAGCCCUGCUAGGGGCGGUCAAGGCACGCUCAGCUUGGUGGGAGGCUUAUUGCAGCUGCUACGCCCCAACAGACUGAACCUUCAGACCCAACCUUCGGGUUUCCAGCAUCAGCUCUCCUUGUCCUUCUCUGGCCUCAAGACAGUUCUCAAAGAGAUUUUGCUUCCUCCGGGGUCCCAAGUGAUCAGCCUUGACCCUUAGGACAACCAACAUUGGGAUUAUGGCUGCCCUACACAAGUGGCUUCAUCUCACACCAAAUGGAACCCUGAGAGGAGCAGCAAUGGAAGGACAGGCUGGGAAGUUGGCCCGGAGGCAGGAUGGGGACAGAAUGAAGGUCGGGUGGAACACCUGCCUGUCCUUGCCUAUACAGAGAGCAGGAAGGGAGCCCUUGCUUUGGGUCCCCAAAUCUGGGAAAUCUGAGGGGACCCUUGGUACCUCAGCAGUGACUGCUCCAGAGUCUCCUCUCCUUUGUCCCACUCUCUCUCCUUGGUGGGGAGGUUUAGUGUUGGAGCCCAAGGAAGCCAGGUAUUUGACUGACCAGGAGAGGGGAAGGGUUGCUAAGAAGCCUAAGCACCAUGAUGGAAAUAGAACUGCAUUUGCAACAGAAGCCCUGUGCUCCCCUACCCCACUCCCCGGGCUCCUGAGGCCCUUCUCCCUCCUGAGUUAUAAGUGUCAUCCCUAUAAUCUCAGCACUUGGGAGGUUGAGGCAGGAGGAUCACUGAGUUUGAGGCCAUCCUGGGCUACACACCGAGUUCACCACGAACUACAAGGGAGAGCCUAUCUCAAAACUUAAAACUGGAGAAAGAAGAAAAGUGCCAACCUAGGACAGUAGCUGGCUGGGCCUGCGCCUGUGGCCUAGAGGCCAAAGCUACCCUCCUCACACACACUUUGCUUGUAUGUCCCUGAAGCCAUUACCAGCAAGGUACCCCAGGAAAUGGGAAAGCAGUUUGUUUAAAUCAUACACAAAAACGUUGUCUGCAGCAGAUCAUAAACUUUGAACUAGUAAAACUAGAAAACAGGCUCAGAGUAAAUUUCCUCCCUGCCCCCUUCCUUUUUCCCAGGUUGUCAGGGGCUGCUCAGCUUCCAGCCUUGUUUGUUGAUUCAGGCUCAGUCAGACUCAGUCAGGCUCAGUCAGGCUCAGUCAGGCUCUGGCAAGAAAAUAUCAGGAGGAAUUACUUUAUUUUCAUGGCCUGACUGCCAGCCUUCCUCCUCCACAUGUCCACCUGGCAAGAGUAAGAAUCCCUGGGCCGAAGAUUUAACUCAGUGGUGCCACUGCCUGCCUGGCAAGCACAGGGUCCCAAGUUUGAUCCCCAGUACCAAAAAAAAAAAAAAAGAAUCCUUGGGCUGUCCUGUCUCCUCCAGGCCCCUGCCACAGAUGCCCCCUUAUAACCAAAGGAGGUAGUGCAGCAGGCAGCAAAGGGUUUUGGGCUGGGAUAUGGACCUGAGUUCUGUAUUUCACUGCCACAGUAUGCUACAUGGCUCUGGGCAAACUGUUCACCAUCUCUGGGCCUUAAAAAGACGUGGUUAGUCUGGAUGAGCUAAAACCUCUCAAUUUGAAAAGUAUGAGCUGGGUAUUUCAGUACACAGCUGUACACAGCUGUACACAGCUGAGGCAGGAAGAUUGAGAGUUCAAGGCCAGCCUGGGCUACAUAUGAGACCCUGUCUCAAAACAAAGACUGACUCUGUUGACCCCCCCAGGGCCUUAUAGCUUUCCACUCAGUCCUGAGCUCAGCUACCCAUCACACCAUGUGUUCUGAAGGAAUAGUGCUGGGACACAUUUUUCCAUCUCAGCUAAGUGAAAUAGGAGGGAGUUGAGGCUGACAGGCAGGUGAUUGAGGUGCUGGUAUCCACCAGGCUUUGAGAUUUUGUGUAUCCUCAAAACAAUUAAGGAACAAAGACAGCGAUGAACCUUCAGCAUAGGGAAUCUUAAUCUCAUCUACCUCCAGGCAAGAUGGCCAAUAAUCUCUGGGUAAAAUGGAAAUAAGAAAUCUCUAGAAAGAAUUCCUCCAACCAGUAUUUACUGAGUGCCGGGGGCGGGCACAAAGGCAUACGGCCUGUCACCGUCCUCGACACAAAACCAAAUACUAAGAAUUUUUCUUCAAGGAGGAGGGCCUCUGAGGUCCUAGAAGUAGACCUGACACCAGUGAGGAGGACUGGGAUGGCCAGUCUGAUUCUACAACCCACACUUAGCUGAUUCCCUGAGAAUAUUGAGGAGAGGGCCUGGCGUCAUUCAUGUGGGAGGAAGCUUGGGAUUCACUUUCAUCCUGCCCCGAAGCUCUGGCUCCUGGUCCACAGGCCUCUGCUGCUCUGUCCAGAGAAAAGCAGAGAAGAGCCUUGGCCACCCUGACCUGAGAUACACUUCCUCAGGCCACUUGGGCUUGCCACAGAUGCCAAAGAGCCUAGGACCUCACCAAGCAGGCAGGGUAUUUAAGGUCAAAACUCCUGCCCCAGCUGUACAUUUGGACAAAGCUGGCCAUAGGGGUCUGGAACAUCAGAGAUGGGGACUCCUCUGCCCUGAUGCAGGCCCUCAAUGCCAGGCCCAGAGCAUAGUUACAUGAGCCUUGUCCUCAGGAAGCUCACAGCCCAACCCUCAUCUACCCCUACAUUUUCAAGGAUGAUGCAAACAUGGCAAGGUCACCUCCCUUCCAGGUGCUCUGUUCCCUACAACCAUAACAUCUUAGUCACACACCACCUUCCUGAGAAGCCCUGAGACAAGUAAUCAGGCCAAAGAGUUUCAGCAUCCCUGGCUCCACAACCCAGAAAGCCACCAGUACAGUACUUUGGGGUGAUCUGAGGGGCUUUUCAGUGCUCCUUAGUGCUGCCCAAGAUUCCCCGUGCCCAUCUGGCUGACAAAGUAACUUAUAAUCGACUAAGUCUCUGUAUCUGGCCAGAGGUGGGAAGUUCAGCUCAAGGUUGGAGUGGAGGGAGUGUUAGAGUUACCCAGCUUUUUGGAAAAGCCAUACUGGAAAAUUGGUGGCACACGCUUGUAAUCCCAGCACUUGGGAGGCUGAGGCAUGAAGAUCCCCAUGAGUUCAA